UUUGAAUAUAAUAAUAGCCUUUGAACUUCGUUGCCUCUCUCUCUCUCUCGCUCGCUCGCUAACCUUAAACCCCCGGCUUCACAAAAUUUCCCAUUCUGAUUCCAGUGCGAACCCUAGGAUUCGAGAUGUCUAGCUGCUCCAGCUGUGGUAGUGAGAACUCCUUUGAUGUUGAGGGACUAUUUCAGAUUCGGACAAGAUGUGAAGAGCUACGGAAAGAGAAGGACACGUUGAGAGACUCACAGUCCCAAAGCUUUGAACUGAUCAGGAGAUUAGAGGUGCAUGUGAAGACUUUAUCUGAGGCCCGCACUGAUGAUGAGAAGUACAUCCAGGAGCUGGAAAGAGAGUCGAAGAAUUGUUCUCAGGAAAUAGAUUACCUUCAGGAUCAACUUAAUGCAAGGGACAUAGAGGUACAUGCCCUGGGUGAGCAUGUACGCAGACUUGAGUUAAAACUUGCAGACAUGGAAAGCUUAGAGGAGAAGAUUGGCAGGUUAAGAGAGGAACUGAAUUGGUCUGAAUCAGAGCGCCUGAUUUUGAUGCAGGAACUAGAGAGCAAAGAAGUGGAUGUACAGAAUUCAGCUUCAUACAUACAAAAACUGGAGGAAUCUAUUUCAUCCAUCUCACUUGAAUACCAAUGUGAAUUAGAGAGCAUGAAGCUUGAUCUGAUGGCCUUGGAGCAUAGUAAUUUUGAAGCUAAGGUAUUCCAGGAAGAAGCUACUCAGGAAAAAGCCAGAAUGAAUAAGUUGAUUCAAGAUUUUGAGCUUCAGAUCCAGGAUGCACAGAAUGUUAUUAAGCACUUACACAAGGAAAAUGAAGACCUUAGGGUGAAGCUUGAAUCAUCUGAAAUGAAUGCGAAAGUAUUCUGUCAGAAGAUAGAACAACAGUUUAAAUCAUUCCCAGAAAAUACAGGCAGACCUCAAGUAAAUAAUCAAUCAUUUUCACCAGGACAAGGAAAAGACAUUAGCACCUGUGGCAACAUUCUGGAUCCGCUCUUUUCAAGACUGGCAGUUGUAGGAGCAAAUGAUGCUGAUUUCAGGGACAAGAUGGAUAAAAUGUCAUAUCAGAUCUUUGAGUACGUACUUCAGGUGGAACAGCUUAAGGAAGAACUAAGAGCAGAAAAAUUGAAGGCAAAGGAUGAAGCAGAGGAUUUAGCUCAAGAAAUGGCGGAACUAAGGUAUCAAAUGACAGGUUUGCUCGAAGAAGAGCGCAAACACCGUGCAUAUGUUGAACAAAUAUCUUUACAAAGAAUAGCCAAGUUGGAAGCACAGAUUCAAAAAGAAGGGGAGAAGACUUCCAGUUCUGCAAGGCUUAUCCAGGGAGCUUAGAAAUUUCCUGCAUCAUAUACCCUUGUCUUUGAGUCUGGUGCCGAAGCAUGUACUUGACUAAUGCUCUUGAAACUACGUUACCCGAAUCACCGAUUUGGAUUCCUUCAGAGAUGCGUAACGGUAGAGCCCUCGCACUGAUUCUGAAAACAUGGAAGCUGUAAAGCUUUUCAGGAUCAAUAACUCUUUGAGGGAGAAGUUUGGGAACUCCAUUGGCUCAAAGAAAUGCAGAAAGUUGAGGGAGAGCUAACAGUAACGGAUGAUGGGUAUUCGGAUUGUUCGAUGAAGUAUGCAAAUCUAUCUUUGUGUUAUGAUUGUAACGUUGGUUGUAUAUAUUGAACAUUCAAAGUACACAUUGGAGGUGGGGUAUUGCAACAAAUGCCUCUGUUCUAUUUGGGGCUAACUAUGUUUAAUUUAUUUUAUUAAUACGUGUAUUGUUUUUGGUUUAA